UCCUAUCCCAUCAGUUAUUGUCAUUCCCACUGGGAGAUAAAUUUGAUCGAACUCUCGAACGACGAACGUACACGCAAUGGAUCGUUGGCGCAACAAAGUGGCCGUUGUAACCGGUGCUAGCUCGGGUAUUGGGGCAGCGAUCGCAAAAGAUCUGGCCAAAGCCGGCAUGAUCACCAUCGGAUUGGCCCGACGCGUUGAGCGGGUGGAGCAGCUGAAGCAGGACCUGCCGAAGGAAGCGGCCGCACGGUUACACGCGAUCAAGUGUGACGUUUCGCUGGAAGCUGACAUCGUGAAGACGUUCCAGCGCAUUCGGGACACGCACGGUGGCGUGGACGUGCUGGUGAACAAUGCCGGUAUCGUGCGGUCCAACAAUCUGCUCGACGUUGGCACCACCGCCGAUGUGCGGGCCGUGCUGGACACGAACGUGACUGGGCUGGUGCUGUGCAGCCAGUGGGCUUACAAGUCCAUGGUCGAUCGGCAGGUCGACGGUCAUAUCGUGCACAUCAGCAGCGUGGCCGGACACAUUGUUCCCAACUUCCCCAAGAUCAACAUCUAUCCCGGUACGAAGCACGCGGUACGGGCCAUCACGGAAACGAUGCGCCAGGAAUUGAGAGCGGCCGGAACGAAAAUUAAAGUCACGAGUAUCAGCCCCGGUGGAGUGAAAACAGAAAUUCUCGAUCCGUCCUUCGUUCCCGAAGAUAUGCCAAUGCUUGAAGCGGAAGACAUCUCGGCAGCCGUACUAUACGUGAUCGGUACACCACCAAAUGUGCAGGUGCACGAAAUCAUCAUCAAACCGAUCGGGGAAGCAUUCUAGGCAGCACGUGGAGUGUUUAUCGUUUUGGUGCAAACUCUAUUCGGGCAUGACACUAAAAUUGAUACAAAGACCGCUUAAUUGAUAGGGAUGGCUUUAUAUUAAAUACACACGCACUACGCGCUCCAUAAUUCAAACUUCAAUGAGAGACACACGUGUCCUGCUGGAUCCUUUUCUCCAACAAUCCAACGUGGUGUGUAAACGAGACUUAAUGUUCGAAAAUAUGUUGACGAUUCAAACUGUUUAUUGGGAGCUGUCACUAACAGUGCGUGUCAAAUAAAACCACCACGUAAACAAACCCCA